AUGGGGAUCAUUGGCUGUUUACAUAUAUGUGAUCUUACAUCACAGCUUGUUACAUUUCAUUGCUUUGCUUCUACUACCCAGUCACGUCAAGAAUCUCACAUAGCCUUGAAGCCUCUUUAUGUCUUCCUACUCUUAUUGAGUCGGAUUGCACGGGUUUGGGGGGGGGCCCUGGGGCUGUAG